AUGAGCCGGCGCAAGCUCAGCGAACGCAGUCGUAUGACUCGGCCGUUUGCAUCUACCUACUCGCCAUGGGCGAGUGCAGAUAUGAGAUAUGAGGCUGUUGCUCCUGCUCCUGGUACUGCGGAACGACCGGGACUCUCGAGUAGUCCUGGAGGCUAUAAAAUACAAUGCAAAAUGCGACGGAGAAUACGGAAGAUGGAGAAUGCGAUGCUAAAUGCGGCUUUCAAGGCUUCUACGCCGGAAGCAUCAACAUGCUCGUAUCAACCACCUCACCGAAUGCAGGAUGCGGAGGAUGCGGAGGAUGCGGAGGAUGCAGAAGAUGCGGAAUGA